CCCAACUGUCUGUGUGGUCUUAAAGCUCGUUUGUGUACGAAGCGGGAAAUUGGCCGUCAAUUUUUUGGAUGCCAGAGAUGGAAGGAGGGGUUGGGAUGCGGCUAUUUUCUAUGGAAAGAGAAUAUAUCAUAUCUCCCUCAAGAAAAUGAAGCAUACACAGGGGUUACUGGCUUUUUAAAAUUUGCAAUUCAUGAGCUGAAGAGAUUGAUGUUAGCUAUGCAACGUGAUAUGCAAAGCAUCAAAAUGGUUCUUGAAAGUGAAGCUAAAGAGAAGAUAUUCUGGAAGAGAAUGUGGCAAGGACUUGUGAUAUUUGUUAUUGCAAUUGUUGUUGUGAAAAUUGUAAUUGUUGGCAGUGUAUUAGUGUAGUAUUGUAA